UCUACGGAUAUGAGUGCAGUUUAAGUUGAGUGUGGGAGUAAUGACAACUGUUGUCGACAGCUGUCGAAAUAGCUGGUCAGGUAGCAGUUAGAGGACAUUGCUCCAAGCUACAAAUGGAUUAAUAUACAUGAAAAAAACGUGGUUAGAAGGGAAAAUACCGCAGAAAAAAAAAUCAAGGCCAUUUUUCGCGGUGAGAUUGUAACAAACAAGCACCCUUAAAGAAUUCCUCUUGGUAUUGUCAUGUUCAUGCUUGCACGCUAACGCCCUCAGCUGAGAGAAUAGCCCGUAACGUGAUCGGGGUCGGGUCGACGACUGUUCCAGAAACCCGGAAUUCCCUGCACUGCCUGGGAAUCUCCUCGGCAAAGCCCGAGAAGUUUUGGAAGUGCAUGCGGCAAAUCAGAAAGUCGACAACCACAGUAGCUCCCGGCAUGCCUUGGUUCAACAGCAUGGACGCCCAGGUUAUCCUGUCCAAGUUUGUAGGAGACACAGCGACCCUCAAGUGCACGGUGGAAGACAAGGGCAACCGAGAUGUGGCCUGGCUCAGGACGGAACCGCAUUCCAACAUCAUCUUCACGAGGGAUGAGAUGUACGAUUCCGACCCCAGGUACAAGAUUGACACGGAUAACAACCGCACAUUCCACCUGCGCAUCGAGCGACUGACCCGCGCUGACAACGGGACCUACGCCUGCACUGUCAACACCAAGCCCGUCAUAUCGUGGAACGUCACACUCCAGAUAGUCGCUCCAGCAACCGUCACAGACAUCGUGCAGAUGUCGCAAGGAGUCUCCGAUAGCGGGAAGCGCACGUUCUUCUUCAACGAAUCAGAUACCGUGGAGCUGAAAUGCAACGGUGAUGGUUCGCCACAAGCUAGACUAGCGUGGAUCGGUCCCGCUGGGGAUCAGGUCGGGAACUCGACGCUUCGCAUUGACGGCAUCCAGCGCUCCCAGUAUGGCGAGUACAGAUGCGAGGCAGAUAAUGGCUUCAACGAUAUCCCGGAUGCUCGGCUGGUCACCUUGAAAGUCAACUAUAAGCCCGAGAUCAGAGUGUACCAGACUGAUAUUGAGAUACGCAAGGCCGUGGGUGAAUACGUCAAGAUGCUGUGCCGAGCCGACGCCUCACCACGAGCCACUUACACAUGGAGGAAAGACGGUGUGCUGGUACCCCCGGCCAGCAGGAUCAACAACCGGCAGACAAUCUUGGUCAUCGUGAGUAUCCAGCCAGAGCACUACGGUGUGUACACAUGCGAAGCCACCAACCUCCUGGGUACUUCACGGGCGAACAUCACUCUAAAUGGCAAACCGCUGCCACCGAUCAUAGUGAGCGAUCCAGUGGGCACUCGGCGGCACAUCUUCAAGCUGAUGUGGCAACACCAGAGCAAGCAACCGCCUAACUACCCCGGCACCAUCCCAGUCACCUACUACAAAAUCCUGUACCGUGGAUGGUGGAGGCAGUCCACGCAAGACAGAAGAAAGGUGUAUUCCUUGGAGGACGAGACCAACCUGAUGGAGGAGAUCGCCUAUCCGGACUUCUCCAAGAUCAAGCAGUUCUGCAACCUGCAUGACCUUCGACACAACGCGACCUAUGACCUCCAGCUUUACGCCGUCAACGACCAGGGCGAUAGCGACCCGGUCAAUUUCACGUUUUACACAGCCCUGGCCAGGGCUGACUACAACGCCACAUCAGAAGACGAAGUGACGACGUCUAACGGAGACACUGCAGGUCCGCUCUCAUUAUCAUCAAUAAAUGAGAAUCAAGAUCCAAAUAGAGAGGGACUCAAAUGGACUGCACCUUCAAUUGCACCUUCAAGUGCGCCCUCUACGGCAACAGUAUUGGCGAUGGUUAUUGCUCUGGCGCUGGGCCUACAUUGUACGGAAGUUUACAAAUGAGAUCAUCGGCCCUGUUUUUUUUUUUUGGUUUUUGGUGUGUGUUUUGUGUUCCCUGUUAGAAUGGUCACUGAGUGGAGCUAGUACGCCCUCUGCUGACGUCAGUCACCUGAAAGCACGGCAGAAUGAAAUCAGUAGUUUUGUAAUUAUCACAAGAUGCCCAGUGAACAGAGAGAGAACCAAACACCCAAUGUACAUGUAAAUGUCAAAGAAAAACAAUCAGAGUCACAGAGGGAGUGCAACAGACCUUUCUGGGCUUGGUUGGCAAACUGCACUUUUGCCAACCAUGGCCUGCAAAACUAUGGAACGUCUAACAUUGCAAA